AUGGUGUUCGGACCGACCCACACCUUCCUGCGCGGGCUAGCGAGCUAUGCGUUCGCUUCUUUCUGGUACAAAGUGGAAGUCCACACGCGGGUGGGCGGGUUGGAGGUUGAGGAACUCGUGCCGGAGGAAGGGACACCUAUGAUCGUCGUCGCGAAUCACUGGAACUCCGCCGCAGACGUCGCGGUGCUGUCGUGCUACUUCCCACACUACCGCAAGUUGCACUACUGGGCCAAGUCGACCCUGUUCGCACCCGGACUACCGCGCAAGAUCCUCCUUGACGCCGGAAACCUCCCCGUCGACCGCAAGACAAAGGACAAUCAAAAGCUCUUCGCCUCCUCGUUCGACGCGCUCAAGGCGGGAGAGGCGAUCGCAGUCUUUCCGGAAGGCGGCAGCUACACGGUCCACGAGCUUCCUGCGCUCAAGGAUGGCGCCUCGUGGUGCGCCCUCGAGUACGCCAAGAACCUCCGCGACCCUCGCACCCGCCGUGUGCUUUCCGACGGGAGUACCGCCAAAACCGACCCGAAGGAUGUCGUCAUCUCCAUCGCUGGCAUCGCGUACAGCGACAAGACCAAGUACAGGUCGUGCGCAGUCAUGGAAUUCGGCCCCAACAUUCCCGUCGAACCCUAUGUCGAAGAAUUCCUCGUCAGCCCGAAGACGGCGGUCAAGAAGCUGACAGCCAAGAUUCACGAAGAGCUCGUCAAGGUCAUUGUCAAUGCGCCCGACUGGGAGUCUCGACACGCGGCGACGAUGGCUCGCAAGAUCCUCUGGCCGGAUGACAAGAAGCUCCCGCUGCGGCACAUGCGAGAGAUUGACCAGACGCUCAUCGACCUCUUUGCGGCGCCGAAUCCCUCCGCCUCGCUCCGGCGGCUACGGCGCCUCCUCAACGUCUACCGGGAUGCGCUCUACUCCACCGGCGUUACCCACCUUUCCCUCUCUUCACUCCCGCUCCCCGCAACCCUUGACCCAUCCGUCCCUCAUCCGCUUCCGACUCGCAUGCGCGUCCUCGGAACGGUCAUUCUGUCGACUCUCGCCUGCCUCAUCCGCCUUCCGUUCUUCCUCUUUCCCCUCAUCGUCCACCUUCCCGUCUACCUCUUCGCCCGCUACGCCGCCUCGAACGCUCUCGAGGAAGACCAGGCGCAGAACAAGGUCGCCCUCGGACUCGUUCUCGCCCUCGUCACAUAUGCGACGUUCUUUGCCGUCGCGUGCGCCUUGCUCUGGACGUCGAUACCUUGGGGAGGAGCGCUGCUCGUUGCGAUUGUCGGCACCAUCGCUUUCGUCGCCUACCACAACCGACUCAUCGAUGACAACUACCGCAAGUUUCAGCGCCUCCUCGCACUGUGGACCGUCCUCUUCGCCCUCUGGACGCCCGUCGCGCAGUCAGAAGCGUCGCACUUCCUUCACUCGGUCCAUCCUUCCCUUUCACCUGCGCCACCUCGACCUGGUGCGGAUGGACAGUACGUAUCACUCGAGACGGAGGAUGAGAUGGACGCUUUGAUCGGAGCGACGACGACGGAUCACGAGGAUGCGGAGACCGGCGACGAGCGCAGCGGGCGCGAGGGCGAUUCGAAGGGGAGGAGGAAGCCGCUUCCGAGUCCGGCGCUCUUCUCUGAGGAAGACCACCUCCUCGGCAACUUCCCUCAUCCUCAUCUGUCGUCCGGCUCGCACCACCACCCUUCGCAUCAGCCCGACCGACCCGCCACACCCGUCAACGGCACACGAACUCCUCGCACGCGCACAUCGACAGCAGCCGGCUCAACCCGCACGAGCGAGGAAACGACGAUCGAGAUGCCGCCUCUCGCUUCCGGUAUCGCCGCGCACGAAGAAGGCGCGCCGGUCACUCGCGCGCAGAGUCGCCCGCCGCGCAGGUCUCGUGCCAGGGAGAUCAGGGCGUUGCUGAGGUUGCGAGCCGAGACGGUCGCCAGGCUGCGAGAGGCGCUGUUUGACUCGCCGGCAGACGGGGACGACGAGUUCGAGGACGGAUUCGUCGAGGCGUCGAGGCUGUACGCCGGGGCGAACGGGAACGGCGCAGCCGGGUCGAGUGCGCCGAUCGGCUUCGAGGGUCGCGAGAAUGCUUCUCGCCUACUCGCUCGGCAGGUUGGCGAACGCAUGAAGGAGCUCGGGUGGAGGGGAGCGGGACUCGGUAGCGGGAAGCUGGCGUGA